AUGACCCUCGAUGGUCAAAUCUUUCUAGCGCUGACGAAGUCCUCACGAUGCGAAAGAGGAGUCAUCUGCAAAGAGCAAUGCCGGAUAGGAGACGAUUGUGGCAGUUGUGUACUUGUACAAGAAGGCGAUAAAUGCAAAGAAGAGACCACACUAGAAUCAUUAUACUGUGAUGUUAAAACAAACAAGACAGAUUUGCAUGAAAAUGCAUUUUUGAUCUGUAAUCUGGUGAAAAAUCGAAUCGAACGUAAGAUCUGCAGUAGUGGCCAGUACUUCAUCGACGGCAAAUGCCGACAUGGUCAUGUCCGAUACAAGCGGCAAGGUACUGCAGGUUCAGGAAGAGUUGGCGACUUCUGCUCAUUCAACACCGAUUGUCUCACGGGCAUGUUCUGCUCGACAGGCUCAUGCACAUGUCUCAGCAACUUCGUCGCCAUCCAGGGCUAUUGCUACCUGAAGAAGAACCCUGGCGAGAGUGGCUGUCAGUACGCUGAGCAGUGCAGUGCCGUCUGGCCAGAGAGUCGUUGCGAGAAGUCGCGAUGUGAAUGUCCGGAAGACGUCAACGGUAUACCGUAUGUGCAGGCGAAAACUCGUGACGGCGUCAUCUGCAUCCUCCAUUCGGGUGAGGACGGCGACCCCGUGCCCAAAUGUCCUCUGCCCGAAUACGAUGACGACCUUCUGACGAUGCCUGUUUCACAACUUAGGAAUCCGGCAAUGACCGAUCCUGACGAUACCGAAGUAGAAAUGGGUGAACAUGUGAAUCCACUUCAAUUCUGCACAUCCUCAUCGACCGAUUACACGACUUUCGUCGCUAAUGGUGGUGGAGCUUGCGUCUAUUCGAACGAUCCUCAGUCAUCAGAUGGCAUUUACAUCGCCGACAUCUACGACUGCGUCACGUCACCGGCCUCGAUGGCCAAUGUGAAGACCGCGAUGGAGGGUGUUUACGAUCUCCAUCCGACUACUGACGGAAUUUGCUGUCCAAAUCGAGCAUUCACCUGUAUCCAGCCGAAGCGUGAAGCAGACACCGGCUCAGCCGCACCGGCAGGUGUGCGACCGCGUUGGUGGUACAAUGCUGUCACCGGCACCUGUGAACAGUUCAUGUGGGACCCAUGGGAUGAAACCGAGAUGCAAUCGCCGAACAACUUCAAAACUCGAGAACACUGCGAAUCAUAUUGUAGAGACACUUGCAAACGCGGAUCACCUCAGUACCUCACCGGUAAUGCACACAACGAGGAUGAACCGAUUCACAACUGCCAAACAGCUUCUUCCUGUGUGUCGAACUUCGAAUGCACCUCGAUUGGCUCGAUGCAAAUGUGCUGUCCAACGGUGGCAUCCAUCUGUAGCAAUGGAGGAGGUCGAGGGUAUGACGUGCACAGGACUACCAACUUUGAUCCCGGCGUCAGCAUGAAGAGAAGCUUCAGCCUUUCCUUCGCCACUUCGAGCAGAUAUUACUACGAUGCUGAGCAGGGCCGCUGUAUCGCAUUCACUUACAAUGGAGCUCUCGGCAAUUUCAACAACUUCAAGUCAUCGGCCGACUGUGAACUAUUCUGUGCUAAGCUCCAAUGCAAAUAUGGUACUCCACUGAAGAUCGGUGCCACCAACCAACGCUGCAGCACCAAUGCAGACUGCCCCAGCACGCAUGAAUGCCAGAGCGAUCACAAUGUGUGCUGCCCACGACCUCAAGCGAUCUGUUCGCAACCGCUACGAUUGGGUGAUUGUAAGCAAAGCGUGCGACGGUAUUGGUACAAUGCUGUGACAAGGGCGUGCGAGAUUUUCGACUACACCGGAUGCCAGGGUAAUGAUAACAAUUUCGAAACGCUACUCGAAUGCCAGAACACUUGCGAAAACAUCAUACCGGAACCACAGUGCCCUCAAGGUGAUGCCUACAAGGACUAUCAAGGCAACUACUACGUCUGUUCAAAUUCCGGCGUCGGAAACUCCUGCCCAGUCAACUAUGAAUGCUACUUUGAUGGUUACGUCUGGGGUUGCUGCCCGACAAAAGCCUACACCUGCACACUGUCGCCACACAAGGGUGUGACCUGUGGUAGUGGCUCGUCCUAUCGGUAUUUCUACAACAGUCAAACCCAAGAAUGCGAAAGCUUCCAGUACAACGGUUGCGAUGGCAAUUCGAACAAUUUCGCCACACGUGAAGAUUGUGAGGGAUACUGUAGCGUGGGUGGCUGUCCUUCGGGAGGGACCCCUGAACGAAAUGAAUUCGGCCAGCUGAUGGUCUGCUCGGCUACACAGGUCUGUCCGACCACCCACGAAUGCACAUCCGUGAACUCUGGCAGUAGUGUUGUGAAUCGAUGCUGCCCAACUCGCUCCUACAUUUGCUCACUGCCACCUCAACAGGGCAGCUCAUGCUCCUCAUCGGCUGCCUCUCGUUACUACUUCAACAUCGUCACCAAGGAAUGCACCCAAUUCACAUACAAUGGCUGCAGUGGCAACUUGAACAAUUUCGCCACUAUCGAACAGUGCAACAACUUCUGUCUUUCGGCGGCUUGUACUCCUGGAGAUGUGGCCUAUGUGAACCCGAAUACGAACAUGCCAUACGAAUGCAAUGCGGCACUCAGUAACAGUUGUCCAUCGAACUUCGUUUGUACUUACGACCAGUUAUCCUCGACUAGCGUCUGCUGUGGAGCUACUCAUAUGGGUGAGUUUCAUAAGUACUGUAAUUACAAAUUCUCCGAAACCCAUGAGCUUUUAUUACUGUAUAAUAAAUCAAAAAGCGAAGUGAUGUAA